AUGCUUGAGACCCAAAUAUCCCAAAUUGCCCAACCAAGUUCUUCAUCCUCCCCUUCUUCCUCUUCUUCUUUACCUAGCCAAGGUGUCAACCCCAAAUCUAUGUAUGCCAUUACCACUAGAAGUGGGAAGAUCCUUGAGAGUGAUUUAAAUGUUGAGAAGAGUUCCGAUAAAGGGAUAGGACUUGAGGUUCAGAAUGAGUCAUCAAGAGAGGGUGAGGUUCUAGAAGGAAGUGCCGAAAAGCAUGAGAGGGGUGAGAGGGAAAAAGAGAAGGAACCCGAAAAGGAGAGCACCAAAGAGCAAACACCUUUACCCCUUAAUCUCCAACCUAGGAAUGAGAGGUUGCCUUUUCCCCAAAUAUUUGCUAGGUCUAAGCUUGAUACCCAAUUCGGAAAGUUUUUAGAAGUAGUUAAAGGCUUGCAUGUUUCUAUACCCUUUGUGGAUGCUAUGAAGGAGAUGCCUCACUACUCUAAAUUUCUAAAAGACCUUUUGAAUGGAAAGAGAGGAGUUGAGACCGUUAAUCUAACCGCAAAUUGUAGUGCCAUUCUCUCUAGUAAGCAACCAACCAAAUUGCAAGACCGCGGUAGUUUUUCCAUUCCUUGUUCUAUCAAUGAGAUCCAUUUUGGGAAGGCUUUGUGUGACCUAGGUGCUAGUGUGAGUUUAAUGCCCUUCUCGGUCUACAAAAAGCUCAAUGUGGGAAGCCUUUCACCUACAAACAUCACUCUCCAACUAGCGGAUAGGUCCACAAAAUUGCCUAUAGGGAAAGUAGAGGACAUCCCCCUUAGAGUUGGUAAGUUCACCUUUUCGGUGGAUUUUUAUGUCCUUGAGAUGGAUGAAGAUGAAAGAAUUCCUAUAAUUUUGGGUAGGCCAUUCCUAGCUACUUCUAAAGCGAUCAUCGAUGUCAAAGAAGGUAAGAUGACCUUGAAGGUUGACAAUGAUUCUAUUGAAUUUGACUUGAAUAAGGUAAUGAGACAACCCUCCUCUAGUAAUGAAUGCUUUAGAAUAGAUACAAUUGAAAAUUUGAUGAAUGAGUUUAGAUACCCUCAUAUGCAUGCUUCUAAUGAUCUACUUGAGAAUGUUUUGUUGAAUGAGAAUGAAGUAGGCGAUCAAAAGGAGAUGCAAUUGUAUGAAGAAAUACUUGAUGAGAAAGAGAAGACAAUCACCGACCAAGAGAUGCUCCAAACACAUGAAAUCUUCAAGGUAGAGAAGGAGGAGAUCUCCAAUGGUAAGGGAGCACCGAAGGUAGAAUAG